AUGAAGUUCUUGGUUUCUGCUGUCGUGCUGGUUGGCCUGGCACAGGCGCAAGUCAAAGGGAAGGCUCAGGGGUUUGGAAGAUUGACAACUGGUGGAGGGACUGCAACUCCUCAAAUACCAACCAGUCUUGCGCAACUUGAGACAUGGCUCACGGACGCUACUCCUCGUGUUAUCAUGAUCAACAAGACCUGGGAUUUCUCCUCUUCUCAAGGCACAACAUCGACCACUUGCUGCCCAAACUCCUGCCAGCCCAACGGUCAACUCUGGAUAAUGGACACAUGUGACUCCACCCGCGUCGCCUGCAAAUAUAACAACGCCCCCAAAAACCCCAUCGCCAUCGCCAGCAACAAGAGUCUUGUCGGAGUCGGCAGCGCCGGUGUGAUCAAAGGCCGUGGCCUCCGCAUGAUCAACGGAGUCAACAACAUUAUCAUCCAAAACAUCCACUUCACCGGCCUGAACCCAGAGUACGUCUGGGGUGGUGAUGCUAUCACCCUCGACGGCACGGACAAUAUCUGGAUUGACCACUGUAAAUUCUCACUCAUCGGCCGCCAGAUGAUUGUGAGCGGCUGGGGCGCUGCCGGACGUGUGACUAUCAGCAACAAUGAGUUCGACGGCAAGACGUCGUGGUCUGCUUCUUGCAAUGGAAAACACUACUGGAUGAUGCUCCUGAUCGGUGUCAAGGAUUUCUACACCUUUAGUGGGAACUACGUGCACGAUGCUUCUGGACGUGCGCCUCACAUGGGCACCGACAAGACGGCCUCGCGAAUCCUUUUCCACGGCGUGGGCAAUUACUUCAAAGAUGUCGGCGGCCACGCGUUCGAUAUCGAUGUUGGCACUAAUGUUCUGCUCGAAGGCAACUAUUUCGAUUCUGUCUCCGAGCCAAUUACCGCUCCCUCGUUGACAAAGAGUACCUUGAUGUCUAUUGUGACCGUGGCCGAUGCUCAGCUCUGCCAAGCUAAGUUGGGAUAUGUCUGCGAGUGGAACCGUCUGGUCAAUUCGGGUUCCUUCCCAUCAAAAACGAGCACCGCGCUGUUGGAUGCUUUUGCGCCGUGGAAGAACUCUUUGGUCGCUCACGUCCCGGUCGCGGAUGUUCCAAAGACUGUGUUAGCCAACGCUGGUAUUGGAAAGAUUUAG